ACGUGUCACAGCACAGCCUGAAUCAGGCUACUGAAAUAUUUGCUGGUUUUAUGACACAUCUAAGCUUUUUAAUUAUGUUGGGGAUUUUUUAUUAUUAUUUUGAGGAUAAAAUAUCCAUAAAGUGGGAAGAAAUUUGUUCUUUAAAAGGAAGUUUUGUUACAGUGUUACUGAAGGUCAAUUAAGCAAUGUCUUCAAAUAAAAUAAGCGCAUUAAGAAGUAAUGAUUUGUUGUUUACACAAAUGAAUGGCACCUUUUACCAUAUUUAUUGUUUGUUUUGCCUGAACAUGAGUUGAAGAUCUGAAUAUCUUAAAAUAUUAUGCACUUGGUUUCACUAAAUGUGGUCUGGGACAAUUCUUAAAGUAGUUUUACCACGUAUUCUUUAAAUAAACAGCCAGUUUUUUAUAAGCUGACAUCAAACGGGUUCUUUAUUCUUUAUUUUUUCUUAGUGCAAUCUCCUGCUCACAAAAUGUGUUUUUGCCAUGCCUAUAACUUAAUAUGGGUCAAUACUGUCGGAUACGAAAAAAAAAUAUUAUAAAUAUUGGCAGAUUUGGCAUUCACUUCAAUUAAUACAUGUAUUGACAACUGUUUUUAUUGAAUUGCCACCACAGUCAAGACAGUGAGUAAAUGAUGUCUGAAUUUUCAAGGGUGAACUUACCCUUUUGAUAGAGUUGAGCGUGUUGCUCUUCACUAUGAUAAGCUUGUCAUUGUGUGUCUGUUUUACAAGGACACUCAGUUCCUCUCAACAAUGUUGUCCACACUGAUCACUAUGGAAACCUGCAACCAGUGCACAUUCUGUGCUCUUGAUGACUCAAUGAACUGAACCGCUUCUUCUGUUUUUAUGGAUGACUCAAACGAAUGGACAAAUAAUAUUUAGAACCUAUUUGCUCAAAUGAGUCUAACAUUAACAGGCAUUUUAACUGACUAUUAUUGUGCCCCUUUAUCCACCCACACAAUCCUAAUAUUAACCAACCAGAAGAGGGCCCUACAAACCAAACCAUACGGUUUGCCACAAGAAGUUGCAUGGUUUUGCUUAUGUAACAAUUAAUUUUUAAUUUAGUUAACUAAUUGUGUUAACUUUCCCCUCUAAAAAAAAUUUACCAUAACCACAUUUUUCACUAAAAUGCAAUAGUUAGGCUACGAAUUAAGUGAUUACUUGAAAAAUUAUUGAAAAUCGUGGUACUUACAAUGCUAAGUAAAGAUUAAUUUAUAUACAGUAGCACCUUUUAAAAGAGUAUUUCACCCGAAAAGGAAAAUUCUUUCAUCAUUUACUCACCCUCAUGCCAUCCCAGAUGUGUAUGACUUUCUUUCUUCUGCAGGACACAAAUGAAGAUUUUUAAGAAUAUCUCAGCUCUGUAGGUCCACACAAUGCAAGUGAAUGGUGUCCAGAACUUUGAAGCUCCAAAAAGGAUAUAAAGGCAGCAUCAAAGUAAUCCAUAAGUCUCCAGUGGUUAAAUCCAUGUCUUCAGAAGCAAUAUGAUAGGGGUUGGAUGAGAAACAGAUCAAUUUUUAAGUCCUUUUUUACUAUAAAUCUCCACCUUUGACUAGCCCCUACCAGUAGGUGGCGAUACACACGAAGAAUGCGAAUCGCCAAAAACUUCAAGAAGAAGAAUGUGAAAGUGGAGAUUUAUCAUUUUAUCAACUUAAGUCUCACAGAGUAUAAAGUGCAGCAUUAAAAAAAAGGCUGCUUGACAGUUAUAUUUUUACCGGUUUCACAUGUGCUAAAUGUCUGCUUACGCCAUCUUCGCCUGCAGAAUUUCGCCGUGAGAAAGAGUAUGUGUUACCACGUCUUAAAUCUUUGUGUUCUGCAGAAAAAAGAAAGACACAUCUGGGAUGGCCUGAGAGUAAAUGAUAUAAGAAUUUUCAUUUUUAGGUGACCUAUUCCUUUAAAACAGUGUUUACAAAGUGCUUUACAGACAUAGAAUAAAAUACAAAGUAAAAUGAGAGAAGACAAUAUUAUACAAUUAAAAUAAAAAUGCAUAAAAUUCAAUUUAAGAGAGAAGAUAAUUAAAUAGCUUGAGGUAGGUAUUAAAAUAUUUGAAUAUUAUUAAAAUAUUAAAUAUAUAUUACUUAAAAAUAAAAAAUAUACAUCAAUUAAAAUAUUUAAAUAUAACAGUCAUUUGGUACUGACACUUUUAAGCUACACAACAUUUUACUUUUAAUUUGUUUACACAACAGUCAAGCUAGGCUAUUGGUUCAAAGCUGCUAGUUACUGAUUAACUAACAAUAAAUUACGCGCUCAGCCUCAGCUCCAUUCAAUAGUGCACGCACAUCCACAUCCUUCAGUCAUUGCGCGUUCAUGUGUCGGGCAUGGAUCAUCAGAGGGAGGCAACGCGGACUUCAGAGGAUAACCGGAAACAGCAGGUUGUUGUUGAAACAUCUCCAACAUCUCCGCCAACAACUACUGAAAAUACACCGGUAAGAACAUGGCUUUGACUCAAGAUAUCAUCUUAACAUUUUUACUGGAGCACGGAGGAAAAGUAAAAAACUUGGAACUCGUGAGCAAGUUCAAAGCACUCAUAAACUCCAGCGAUCCCGCGGAGGAGAAACACAACAGAGAUCUGUUCAAACGAUUGGUCAACAACGUCGCUGUGGUUAAACAAGUCGAUGAUGUGAAGUAUGUUGUUGUGAAGAAAAAGUACCAAGGAUUCAAAGGUGAAAAUGUAUCAUUGGAUAACAGUUUGUUUGAAUUAAAAUCACCAUGCAGCAGAGCAUGCAGUACUUUAUCCAUACGUGAUUCCAAUGAAAUACAAAAUGCUGAUAUUAUUAAUAACAAUUAUUAUCAUUGCACCACUCAAACUAUGAGUGAAUGCAGGAUAAGUCCAUCUCUGAAAAGCGAUCGUUCAGCAAAAUGGGAUGCAGAGGUUAUCCAUCCUGACUAUAAUGCUGCAGAGUCUUUGACAGCAAGAGUACUCAGUGUGACAAGUGAUGCUAGAAGUGGCAAAACAGGGUCUGUUUUUGCUCUUGUGGCCAUAAAAUCGCCACCAAAUCCACAACGUGAGCUGCAACUUGAUGAAAGGACAAAAACAAAUCACAAAGCACUAGAGGAUUCUCUAGAGCAGCAGCAGUUGCCAUUGGAGAUGCUACCACCUCCAGUGAUGGCUGAAAAAACCAUGAAACUCAAGGCCACAGCAUGUCAUGGUGUUGCAAGAGAAAGCUUUCGGACUCCAAGAACCAAACGAAAAGAGCUAGAUGCACCAGGAUCGCCUCAAUUGCGAAGGUGUAACAAAGUAACCAGACCUGGGAACAAUGAGUCUAAAGAUUGUGAUAUAAUUCCUUUGGGAUCUAUGGAGCAUGAGUGGCUUGUGAAAUCGGCAACAGGAUGCUUCCGUCAGAUCUAUGGCCUUCUGCUACAAGACCCUCAGCUGGCAGAGAAGCGAAAUUUCAUGUCUGGAUUCACAAUUCUGCACUGGGCCGCUAAGAGCGGAAAUAGUGAAAUGGUCUGUAAAAUCAUUGACGUUUCAAGACAGAGUGGUGCAAAGAUCGAUGUUAAUGCCAAGUCUUAUGAUGGAUACACCCCUCUCCAUAUUGCUGCCAUUCACAGACAUGAGUGUGUGUUAUCACUGCUGGUGUGUGAAUAUGGUGCCAACGCUAACAUACGGGAUAACAGUGGUAAAAAACCUUACCGUUAUCUAAGUCAAGAUGUGUCACUUGACAUCAGAAAGAUGCUCGGAGACCCUCAAGUCCUGCAACAGAGUGCCCACUGUUAUUUAGGAGAUGACCAUAGCCUUUCAUAUUUACCGAAAGGAUUCAGCACCCUGAGUAAACUAUUUCAGCCCCACAUUGCUGGACAUAAAAAGAAAUACAGACGUCGACAAAGCUUCCAUUUCAUCAGCAAUGACCAUGAAGACUCCAGAAAGAACAUUGCACUUAAUCGCAAACUGUUUUAAAGGGAUAGUUCACCCAAAAAUGAAUAUUCUCUCAUUAUUUACUCACCCUCAUGAUAUCCCAGGUGUGUAUGACU